AACAAUUUUGAAACGCCUUGCUUGCCGUAGUUACAGACUAUCGUAAACAUGGCGUCCUCAAUGUCACUCCUGAAUCUAAGCCGAGCCUGUUUACUGAAUCCUGCGACCAAAGUAUUUCUAAACCCUACCAGGGCCCUCAGUACGUCGGUAUGGAGACAGGCCGAGGGCAAGGGGCAGGGUUCGCAGCUCAUCACCGUUGAUGAGAAACUGGACAUCUCCAGUAUUACCGGUGUGCCAGAAGAGCACAUUAAGACGCGUAAGGUGCGCAUCUUUGUGCCGACACGCACUGCCAUGCAGUCGGGGGCCAACAGCACCAAGAAAUGGAAGCUGGACUUCGACACCCGCGAGCGCUGGGAGAACUCACUGAUGGGCUGGUCCUCCACUGGUGACCCCUUGUCCAACAUGGGGCUCAGCUUCAGCUCCAAGGAAGAUGCCAUUGCUUUUGCAGAGAAGAAUGGUUGGAGUUACGAUAUCACGGAAAAGAGGACGGCCAAGCCAAGAGUGAAGUCAUAUGGGGCUAACUUCUCCUGGGACAAGCGGACGAGAAGGUCUACCAAGUAAACCCACACCAACUAUUUGGUUCCCUGCCUCUCUGCCCCAAUCUCACUGCUAGCAAUCAAUAGCAGUUCUGUAUUAUAAUCUUUAUUGUCAAAUAAUAAAAAGGCUCACUUAUAACCA